GUUGCCGGCAAUUAAAAGAAACGCCGGUGACUGGCCACCGUUAUCCUAAGAGAUAGAGAUCAACUGUGACGGGGUCGGACAAAAAUAAUGGAAAACGAAACCACAAAGGCUUCGUCUCUAAGAUGGAGAAUUCUUCGUCAAGCUCUUCUCCGCCGUCGACCACCCCAACCUCCCGAUGAUGAAUCUGAGAUCGGAAUAGAGCGGAUUUCUAGGAAGGCCGUUAAUGGCUUUAACCUGAUACCUUGUUGUUUGGUGAACGAUGACGACGCCGACGACCACUCAGCUUCGUCGUCAAAGUCAAACCGCCCAAGGGAAGCUACUGUAUGCUACACCUUACCCGUUGAAGGUGCUCCCAAACUUUUCCUAACCCAAAGGAUGGACAGCCUUGCCAACCUCGAUGAUUUCGAGAUUUGUAAUAAAUAUGAUAUCGACAACACCGGGCUUGUGUGUCAGUGGCCGUCAGAAGAUGUACUCGCUUAUUUUUGCUUGUCACAUGCAGACAUGUUCAGGUCCAAAAGAGUUAUUGAACUUGGAUCAGGUUAUGGCUUAGCUGGUUUAGUUAUUGCAGCAGUUACUGAGGCAUCAGAAGUUAUAAUCUCAGAUGGAAAUCCUCAAGUGGUUAAUUAUAUUGAGCGUAAUAUCAAUGCCAACUCUGGAGCAUUUCUUGGUACAAAAGUGAAGUCUGUGACAUUGCAUUGGAAUCAUGAUAAAAUUGCAAAUAUGUCCAACACUUUUGAUCUUGUUGUUGCAAGUGACUGCACCUUUUUUAAGGAAUUCCACAAAGGACUCGCUCAAAUUGUCAAAUGCUUGUUAAAGAAAGUAGGACCAUCUGAAGCUUUAUUUUUCAGUCCUAAAAGAGGCGACUCGUUGGACAAGUUCCUAGAGCAAAUCAAAGAAAAUGGUUUGCAGUUCAGCAUAACAGAGAAUUAUGAUGCAGAAAUUUGGAAGCGACAUCAGAGGUUCAUGAAUGGUGAUACCUCAUGGACCAGCUACCAAAAGGAUCACUGCUACCCUUUACUGAUCAGGAUAUCGAGAUGAACUCUCUGUACCCAUUUUGUUAUCUGCACGUGUUUCGGGCAAUUUAUGUACAUUUUAGAAGAUGCAUAUGAUAGCAUGUGUGGAAUGUACUUGUUAGUCAAUCCAAAGUUGCAGAAAUUUCAAUCUCCAAUGUACAUAUUAAACAUAGUAUUCUUGCCCCAUCUAUUGGUGAAUGCCAUUGUUACUUAAAAGUGCAACAUUCACGUUAUCAUAUGGUUUACCAAUUAAAAUGGAAACUGUGAGAUUCCUGUU